AUGGAACAGUUUUAUACAGAAUUAAAUAUAUUAAAGGCAAAUUUAGGUAAAAACAACACAUUAUUAACCGAUAACCGAUAUGAUGAGUUGGUAGAAAAAAUUUUAAUGCUAAAAUGUAUGAAAACGAAAAAAGAACCUCAUGAUUUUUGGUUGCUAAAAAGAUAUGACGUAUUAAUAGUACAAGAUAAUAGGAAACUAAUUUUUCCUGUCAAUGAAAAUGAAAAUAUCCUGUGUUAUAUUCGUGAAAGUGAGUUGUAUGAUGUACUAAAAAAUACUCAUUCCUCAAUUGGUCACGGUGGACGGGAUCGUAUGAUUAAAGAACUUUCCAACAAGUAUAAAAAUAUAGCUCGAAGUGUAAUAGAAUUAUUUUUGAUCUUAUGCAAACCUUGUCAACAAAAGCAAAAGGGAAUUAAAAAAGGUGUAGUUGUUAAGCUAAUGUUUUUUAACAAAUUUAAUUCACGAUGCCAAGUGGAUCUUAUUGAUUUCCAAUCGCACCCUGACGGUAAAUAUCGAUUUAGAAUGGUCUAUCAGGACCACCUGACAAAAUUUGUCAUAUUGAAACCUUUAGAAUUCAAACGAACUGAAUUACCUCAAAGAUCUUUGGCCUGA